UUCCGUCAGUCGGUUAGCGUUCAACAGCAGCAGGGCGUCUGCUUGCGCUAAGCCAACAAACGUCAAGCGCCGUCGGCUCCGCGUGAGCGUGCCUCGCUGACGCGAUAACCCGUUUGGAACUUUAACCGGCACCGCGCAGAGGUCCGGUCACCAUGGAGGUCGACGCAGCCAGGCGAAAAGACCGUCGUCGACGCCCUCACGGACCCGAAGACGACGCGAUGUCGCGGUCUCCAAGUUUCGUUUCUUUUCAAUGGGAUCAGCGGACGUCGAUCUCGCGGUUACAGCCCCGGCAUUGCCCGAGCCGUUCCCACUAGCUUAGCAAGCUUCCAAAGGUCACCGGAAAAACCCGACCCCGACCCCGACCACGAACUAAAGGAGGUCUUGGCCGCCGCGGUGCCGCGAUGGGCGCCCGCAAAAGUCAGCUCCCGUCGGCACUCGCCGCGGUCGCGGCGUUUUUGACGAAUUCGUUGGCCGGUGCCGUCUUCAGGGACUGUGGCUUCGUCAGCGAUCGGGAGCGCGGCGUGAUCACGACGCCCGGCUUUCCCGGGCCCUACCCGGUCCCCAUCGAGUGCCGCUGGGUCAUGCGGGGUUCGUCGCCCAAGCAGCGGGUGGCCCUUUACCUGACCCAAUUCUACAUGCGCGACGGUGUGACGCUGUCAGAGUACGUCUAUUACGACGCGCAGCAAGGGAACAUUGGUGGCACGCCGAUCGGCGGCAUCAGUUCGGAGGCCGAGCCCACCCACGUGCUCAGCAACAAGCCCGUGCUCGUGCUGGAUUUCCAGGUCCGGGAGGCUGGCAACAUCCACCUGCGUGUGCUUGACCUGUUCCUCGAGGUGUAUGGUUUCAACCUGACCUACGAGCUGGUCGAGUCUGAGAAGGAGCUGCGCAAUGACUCGUGCCUUGGGCACCACUGCUCCUUCACGGGACUGUGCCUGGCAUCGGCUGACCUCACAAGUUACCGCUGCUCCUGCCUCGGUGACUUCUACGGCGACGAGUGCCAGUUCUCGCCCCGCUGCGGCCCCCAGAAGGGCGGCUCACUCUGCCACAACGGCGGAACGUGCAGGUACUACAUUGGUAGCAAGACUCAGACGUGCGUGUGCCCUCCGGACUACAAGGGUGCCCACUGUGAACACGUCGCCCGAACAGACAUUUUGCAAGAUUGCGCCCAGCUCAACUGCUCCCAACAGUGCAACGAGGGCGGGCCUCAACCCCGGUGCGAAUGCAGGCCGGGGUUCCGCCUGGACGACGACGGACGCUCGUGCUCCCCCGCAAGUCGUAUGCGGUUCCUGGUGCAGGUCAAGCUUUACGACCGCAACGUGGACUUGGCCCACCUAGACGCCAGGGGGCGCUCCCAACUGCAAGCUGGGCUCGAGGCUGCGUUGAAGUCACUAUUUGCCAGCCACAUGAGCAGCAACGUGGACAAUCUGGCAGUGCUGCAGUUCCUGACUGACGCCGUGGUGCAGUUCCACGUGUUCGGGCGAAAGGAGGACGGUCCUGCGGUGCGGUCCCUGCUUGAAGAAGCGCUGAAGGUCGGCAAACUGGGACCCUUCACAGUUGACCGUGGAUUCUUGCAGCUCCAAGAGGAACCAGCAAUGCACGUAGAGGCGAUGGAGGUGUCACGCUCUCCCCGUGUGGGGGACGAGCUGAUGGUGGCAUGCAUGGCGGUGGGGUCGAGUGCCCUUCGGGUGCGCUGGUUCAAGGACGGAUUCCCCGUGGACCCCGAGGUGCCCUUCCGCUCCCUCUGGACCUCCCUGGUGCCCAAGAACUCCAAGGACCAGUUCACGGCCCUGCUGGCAAUAGACCGGGCGUCCACCCACGACGCGGGUGUCUUCACCUGCCAGGUCAGCGACUGGGGCGCAGUGCAGAACAAGAGCGUUAGGGUCCGUCUGGACGUGGCCCCCCGCCCCCUCGUGUCUCCGCUGUCCCUGACCCUCGUGGAGGGGCAGCCGUUGGAGCUGCUCUGCCUGUCGCCCGGCGGUGUUCCGCUGGGCUUUCGCUGGCUCCGCAACGACCACCUCCUGCCCCCCAAGGGACCGGAGAGCACCGAAGACCUCUACCCAGCCGGGUCACGGCUGGUGCUGGGCGCGGCGCGCGCUUCGGCCACAUACACAUGCGUGGCAACGGGGCCGCUAGGAGCGGAUCGUGCCGACGCGCUCGUCACAGUCUUGGCACCCCACGCCGCAGAAGAGGUCUGUCCACCUGAAGAGUCCCACGGGGUGGCGUGGCAACGGACGGCUACCCACUCUCGGGACAUCCAGCCCUGCCCGUCCCCUCCCUUUGUGGAGGGCCAGGCUGUGCGCUCCUGCGGCCUGUCCCUCGAGCGCAGGCCCCUGUGGGGCAGCCCAGACUUCUCCGGCUGCGCGGAUGCCAGGCUGGCACAGCUCAGGUGGAAGCUGGAGAGCCUGCGCAUGGGUUACCUGGUGUCGUCGCCGCCCCAGCUGGCGUCCGAACUGAGAGGCUACCUGUCCGGUCGCGCCCUGGGUCCCGGAGAGGGCCAGCCCCUUGUGUCGCUCCUGGCGGGGUUGCUCGGCUACCUGGAGCACCCCCUCCUGCGCCAGGGGGGACGCCCCGCAAGGGCCGCGGUCGAGGCCUUCUUGGACGUUAGCUCGCACCUUCUCUCCCACAAGCCCCUGCUGCUACAGGACCAAACCUUCAUGGGCGACCUGCAGAGGCAUGUGCUGCAGUUUGGACUCCUUGCCUCGGAGGCGCUUGGCCCUGGCACCAUCUUGAACCUUGACCGUCCCGCCCUCGUGGUGGCUUUGGGGCGCUUCACCAGACGGCCCGGGGAGCCGGUGGUGGUGAACAUUCCCGUGGGCGGCGCCCUCGGCGGUUCUACGUCGUGGGCCGGCAAUGCGGUGCAGUUACACCUGGCGCCGGCACCCGACGAAGAGGAGGCCCCUUCGGAGGUGUUGGUGGCAGUGGCCCUGUUCAAGACCUUGGGAGAACUACUGCCCGAGCGAUUCCUGGCACGACAUGGAGAUCAAGAGGACCAGCUGCAUGAACUCUACUCCAGCCUGCUGGGUGUCGCCCUGAGCAAAGAAGAAGGCGUCCGAGUGCGAGUGCGUCUCGCUCAUUCCCGCCAGGAGCGACGGGAGGCGGUGUGUGGUCGGGCCGAUCUUUCGAGAAGCGCCAUUCACUUUUUGCUGGACGGAUGCCGCAACGAGAGACGACCCAACAACGAGAGCGCCACUUGGUGCUCUUGUAGGCAGUCCGGCACCCACGCCUUGCUGGUGGAAGAGCCGCGUCAGGGUUUGACGGAAGGCGACCAGGAAUCGGACCUGAUAGCUGGUCUCGGCUGCGGUGCCUGCCUGGUUCUGGUACUGGUCACAUUGGUCGUGUUGCUGCUGCGUUGUUGUCGGCACGGCGGCGGAGUGGAGGCCAUCCAGGUGCAGGUGUGCCUGGCCCUGUGCGGGGCACUGCUGACGCUCCUGCAGGGGGUGAGGGCCCGCCUGCCACGCUCUUGCUUCCCGUAUGCGGUGUCGGCGCUGCAGCUCUGCCUGCUGGCCGCCUGCUGCCUCCAGCUGUGCACGGCCCUGGUGCUCUACAUGCAGCUGGUUGACGCACGCAGCGUGAGGCACCCUGCCCUCAAGGUCGCAGCCCUCGGCUGGGCCGUCCCGGUGAUCGUGGUAGGGGCCAACCUGGCCGCCCAGGUGCUUGAGGGGUUCCGCCUGGAGAGCUGGUGGCUCACCCUUCGCACCAGCUCGGGUCACCUGUCCAACUACUUCUGCGCCUUCUGCGUCUCCCUGGCCAUCAUGACGGCGCUUCACCUGCUCCUUUUCAUGACGGUGAGAGCGGAGCUGCGGCGGCAGAAAACGUUGGGAACGCCGAGGAAGCAAGUGGCAGCCAGUCGGUCUGGGCUUCUGAACGGCUCGAUGGCCAUCCUGGUGACUUUGAUCGGCAUGUCGCUGGCCAGCAUCGUCUACGUCAACAUGGAGGACGUGUUGCGCUCCUACUUGCUGGCAGCCACCUCCUCUCUUCUGGGGCUUCUUGUUUUCUUUGUCUAUGCUGUGGCUGGCCGGCGGAAAACGGCAUCUCCCAUGGCACUGUCUCAGCAAAGGAGCAGCCCCAGUAAAGUGUCAAUGGGCCCCGGCGGCCUGUCCCUGCUGUCGCACCAGGAGGAGGCGGAGCGUCUACUCCAGCAGACACCGAAGCGGGGAGGGGACAGUGCGACGGGAGUCCUGGAGUUGCCUCAGCUGGAUGGAAGUCCUCGUAGCUCUCGGACCCAGGAGACGGAAGAGUUGGGGGACAACGAGGCACAUCCUCAGCUGGACCCAUCCUUCAGCGCAACGGCCGUCUGACAACGGCCGUGCCGCCGAAGAGUCGAUGGGCAGCACAGUGAUUGCCCCCCAGAUGGCAAGAGGAGCAGCCAAUCCCACCCCCCCCCUGCGAUUCGCACAAUCCCUAUCGGCCACAAUGGCUGUGGCGUUGGCCUGCACUGCAAUCUCUUGAAUUGGAUGCGUGCGAUUACCAUUCCUCUCGGUUGCCCUGUGCUUUGCUCAUCCUUCAACUGCUCAGCAUUACUAGAUCAACUAAGUUGUAGAAGCGCCUGAAGACGCCACUUGCACGUGCAGUGCCACCCUUCUUCCCCAAAGCUUUGCCUCCCGUCGAUCAAAGCGCCACGGUUUUGGAGAUGGCCGUUAUGGCAAAUAUACAGUGUAGAAUACACGGGUUUCGAAGCACAAUAUCUAGAUGGCACUUCACCGUGGCCUCUCCAAAGAAUACAGUUUUCAAGCCUAGCCUCUAGUUGGCGCUUCAAACGAUGGGUGGUGGCCUCAGUAAGGAGGGGGAGGAGUUUGCUUCUCCACAAGAGUUCUGCAACUCUGUUGAUUCAGUAACAUUGCAAUCAUUGCACGGGUUGUUGGCGCAUGUUCCCGUCUCUUUGAGGUGCUUUUCCGUACAGGCAAAAGUGGGGGGAGGCACAUCUUCCGGAGCUGUGAGCUUGUGCUCGAAGCCUUCACUCAGGUUGGGUAUAGAAGGACGAGCACAGCAAAGAGUCACAUUCAUAAACAGAUAAUAUUUAUCUGAAGGUCUCUUGUCCACCUUCAGUUCAUCUGGGGCAGCGAGUAUCCCAUGCGGCACGCAGUGUCGAUCGCGUGCAAGCGGGAACUCGAGUAGGUGCUCGAGUGUCUUCUUUUUUGCAUCUACCCGUUCGUAGCUACGCUGCAAUCUUCUUGCAGGCUCUGAUGCCCCAAAGUGUGGGCAUCAUUAAAAAAUGCUGCCCUUGGAGGUGGAGAGCUGCUUCCAAGGGCAGCAGCCCCCCAUUGCAAUCGAGUAAACGCACGCAUUCAGUUUUGCUCAUAAGCGGGCCAACGCUUUCGAUGCAGGCGCGUUACUUGAUCCCUUGUCGAGUGUGGACCCGCUUUGAGGUCUUUUCGUGACAUAUCUUGUGGUUUGAUCUCUUGUCUGUCCGUGUUUUGUUUUAGUGGUUCCCUCCUCCCCCACCUGCUUUUGUUUGCGAGUUUUAGGCCUUUACGUUUUUUGACUGGAGACAAGAAAGUGGCAUUUCCUUGUUUGUGGAGUGCAGGGUAGCAACAGUUGGCAGGUAUUGACACAUUGACUUGCGGUGCUACCGAUUGAAUGCUUUACUGCCAUUUUUUGCUGUACUUAAACCAACAACGUAAAGUAGAAGUUCAUAUUGCUAGCUACUAACACUAUUUGACUUAUUUUCCAGUAAAGUACAGGUUGAGAUCCUAAAGGAUUAAUCGGAGCGAAGCAUUUCAAGGGUGUUAUUUUUCGCAAAAAUAACAGGUGAUGCUAUUUUUCCAGUAUUGCGUUCGAACCUUUCAAACACUGUUCGGAAGUUAGAAUCAUUCAAUCGGAACAAGGCAAUCACUGUGUGGAUAAUGUCAAGUGCUCACCACGAGUGGUUCGAUUUAUGGGCGCACAUGUAAAGAUGUAUUCCAUACUUGUAGUAGUUAGACCGAAGUGUUGUGUUUGCACCCGCAUUUAAUUUAUUUUAGGUGUACAUUUCUUCUUGUAGAGUGACCAAUGUUUUUAACUAGGGUGCCGUGUUUCUACGUGUAAAACUCGGCCAUUUUAUAUUGCCGCACUACUCUAAAUUAAAAAAAAAAAAAAAAAAAAGACGUCUAGUCAAGUCGCUGAGUCGACUCGGUUUUUAUUCUGCCCUUUUUAUACGAAUAAAGAAAGUUCUUUCGAGUA